CUUCAACAGAUGAUGUACGAUCCCAACAGGACAGAGUGGGGAACGGGUAGUACUGAAGCUACCCAAAUCGAGGCCGAGGAAGCUUAUACCCUCCACGAUUUCAAUACCAACAUGAGCUCCGAGCCGGGCAGCGAUACAGUGGAGGAUGAUCCCAAUCCUGCUGCUCUACGAUUCGAAGGCGCCGACACAAUCGUCUUCAUCGACCCUCCAUCGUACAAAUCAAACUGGUCAUUGCAACCACAAACUGGAGCGUCCAUUCCCCAUUAUAUUCACAGCCACACCCUCUUGGAAACCGGAUCUCCCUAUUUCAAGAGACUCUUCGAACCGAGAAAGCAAGCUCGCAUGAUAAAGCGUGCAGAGCUUCAGGGAAAGCUACCUGAUGGAAUCAAAUACAUCGUUGACCUCACUCCUCCCUCGACGGACGAUGAGGCAGUGGCUUUCACCACUGAACUAUCAUGCCCACUAUGUAUACGGACCUGGGCUCGCGCAUCAAAACGUUGGGGUCUGCCUCUGCACUGUGUUGGCGGCAAAGACGAAGGAUUCGAAACUGAGAAUGGGUGUCAGGAUUCGGUCCUUCCAUCUGAGUAUUCGGAUUCUCGUCAUCGCACGGGUAUUGUACAUAUCCUGCAAGCUCUGGGAUGUGUUACCCCGUGCCUUGAUACGCCUUGCAAGCUUUGGACCUUCUUUGCUCUGGCCAAGGUGUUUGGUAUUGCCAGUAUAGGGCACAUCAAAAUUCAUAUCCUGACCUGGAUCUAUGAGAGGACGAAUACUCGCUUUAUUGAACUCCACCCCGAGAUUGCAUAUAGGAUCGCUUGUGGUAUCGAAUGUGACCACCUUUGUCAGGAUUCUUUCACUGUCCUUGUGGGAGAGGAAGCUCUGUUACGUCUAGCCAAUGCAGGACAAGCACCCACACUCCAAUGGCCAGAGGUAACGUUCCACGGCCGACGCCGCGAGCCAUUGGAUGAUGAAGAUCGCCAACGGAUAGAGUAUGCAAGUCAAAGCUUUGUGGACCGCAUUCUUGACCAGUUCAUACAAUUGACAGGCUCACAAAUGCACUGGCUCUUGCAACUACCAUCUACAAUGAAUAUCUCCCUUCACACCGACGAUUGUGACGAACAUUGUCCAUUGGCGUCACAAUUAAUCUCCUCGCUGAAACUAUACGUGCGGGGACACAUCGUCGCCAUUUUGGCCAGCUCCGCUGUCACUAGGGCUGCGACGACAGGCCAUUACAUUAAUCACAGCAUCUACCCAACGCAUAAAUACGCUAAUGCUUACGAUAAAAUGCGUUAUAUAGAACGCAUCAUCAGCAGGACGUUCUGGAAAUUGCUCAGAACUGCGAGGUAUAGCGACUGUCUAGCAAGCUCCGACGGCAAAUUUCAAACUAUGACAAUCGCCGACUUGGGCAAAUAUCACCACCUGUUCCAGACGGAGGAUAAGGCAGAUCUCUCAGAUAUUUCCUUGGAAGAGUUUCUGCUGGCAGUCAACCAGUUCAAUAGCCACGUUGACUUUGAUAGCCCAAGGUUUAGCCCGCGUAGGUACGGUGGUGGGACCGUUUUCAUAGAGAGGCGAGGAGGUGUUACCCAUAGCCCCACACCAUCUAUCUUCAACCCAAUCGACUUCCUUCAGCAGGUGCGCUCACAUAUAGACGAUCUCGCCGAGAGAAUGGAGGAGGGCUGCAGACACGGAGCGCACUUUCAACUAACCGACACCAUUAUCUGCCUUACCGACAACGAGUUGCGAUACCUUCCGCUGUGGGCGGGGGGUGAUGAUGAUGGGUCCGGCGGCGUUUUCACAGAUCAAGGGAUACCUAAUCUCGAGACGGGUGGAUUCUCCAUGCCAGGACCUACAAUCCACACAGGAAGUACUGUCCACUCGACCACUUCUUACUCCAAUUUCGCCCCAAGCGAGUAUCAAAGUACGGUCCAGCGUGCGUCUCAUAAGGCCACGGGAAGCUACUGGACGGACGUCGUCAGCAUGAAUUCCUCAGAGGCGCACGCCACGGUAGAUGAAAGCCAUGAGCCAAUUCCGGAUGAGGCGCCCGCAGACACAAGCGACCUUUCCAUAGACAUGAAUACAUCGGCGGACGACGUUGAUGAUUGCUUCGAUACUGAUAGCGAGGACAAUGACACGGUGAUUGUGGACACCCCGAGUGAUGGGCCGGUUGGGGAGGCUUCGGAGAUGCUGGAGGACCUGUCUCUUGGGGUAGAAGCUUUCUCGAAGUGAUCCAUUGACAUCAAGAGAACUUGAGUUGAAUAUGUUUUAAUCGUCAUGAAUAUUAGAAAAUAGUAAAGUACCAACCAAUCAAUGAAUA